UGUGUGUGAGAGAGAGAGAGGUGGGGGGGAUCGGGAUUCCUGAGGAUUACCCGUCAUGCCCCGCGGGUAAAGAUGGCGACAGCUGAGCGGAGCAGUAGAUCAACUUUAUCCUCCCGGCUCUGACUGGAUUCUCCACCCGGCUAACGGAGCUUCUCAGCCGGCCUCUUCUCCUCCAGCCACCCGCUGCUCGCUGCUGCUGCCGCCGGCUCCGCGCUCGGAUCUCCUCCGCAGCCGAACCUCAGCGCUCCUCCCCGGCCUCGGAUCGGUUCGGAGCUCCCCCUCCCUCCUCCCCCUCCCUCCCUCCUCGCCCCGCCGGAGGAGCAGACCGGGAGCUCCAGCUAAAGUUUCCUCUCGUCUCCGCUCUCCGGGAUUUGUUGGCUGAGAUAACCCGGGCCGAGCCGUGCUAACCGCCCUCUCAGGUUAUCGGAGGCCUGAGGCUCACACGCCCAGAGGAGGAGAAACUGGGCUGAAUGUGAGAGGACGAAAACAGCAGAGAGGAUGAAGAAUUUUCUGUGCUGACGUACGAGGUGUGUUGUUUCUGUGGAUGAAGUCAGAUCUGGAGCAGCUCACACUUCAGGACUGACACACCGACAGGAAGGAAGGAAACAAAGAGGAAGGAAGCAGGGGCCAGGAUGACGAGCGCGGCCCCGGCGAGGAAGCCGUACCGUAAGGCUCCACCGCAGCACCGCGAGACACGCCACGCCCUGCCCACCGCUCCACCCCCACCCACACCGCAGCCCGACAUCAAUCAGGAGGCCUUAUCAGACUCUGACAGGAUCAGAAUCCUCCAGCAGCAGAAUGAGGACCUGCGACGCCGCCUCUCUCUCUCCACCCACAAGAUGGAGGCCAUGGAGGCGGAGUUUGACGGAAACCGUCACUACAUGGAGGCGGAGCUCAGCCGGACCAGAGACGACCUGGACAAGAUGAGGGACAAGUUCCGCAGACUCCAGAACAGCUACACAGCGUCUCAGAGAGCCAAUCAGGAUCUGGAGGAGAAGCUUCACGCUCUGCUACGGAAAGUGGAGAGGGACAAAAAGACGAUGGACCAGGAGAUCGUGGAGCUCACCAACAAACUGCUGGAUGCCAAAAACACCAUUGACCGACUGGAGGAGCUCAAUGAGCGUUACAGGCAGGACUGUAAUUUGGCCGUUCAGCUGCUCAAGUGCAACAAGUCGCAUUUCAGGAACCACAAGUUUGCUGAUCUGCCCUAUGAACUCCAGGACAUGCUGAAUAAACACAUGAAGAGCAGCCUGCCGGAGGGAGGCCCUGGCUCCGCCCCCGGCCCUCAGGACCCGGACACGCUCAGUUUGACUCCUGCCGACGUCGUGCCAACCUCGGUCAUCGCCCGGGUCCUGGAGAAGCCUGAGCCGCUGGUCCUGAACUCCGCCCAGUCCAGCAGCUGCGGCCGGCCUGUCGCUGAGGACGUCUUCGUGCAUGUGGACAUGACGGGCCCCGCGGCGGGGGCCGAGGGCCGGGGCCGGGAGAACGGCGGGGGUCAGGAGGUGUCGCAGCAGAACGGGUCGUGUCGCAGUCAGAGCAGUCUGGACGGGCAGUCAGGUGGCGAGGAGGUGGGCGGGGCUCCGUCCUUCGAGAAGCUGAACCCGUACCCUCCGCCGCCGCCCCCCCACCCCCUGUACCCCGGCCGCAAAGUCAUCGAGUUCUCUUCAGACGACAAAGUGAAGAUCCCCAAAAACUCGCCGCUGCCUAACUGCACCUAUGCCACGCGGCAGGCCAUCUCUCUCAGCCUCGUGCAGAACGAUGACGAGCGGCUCGCCCCCGGCAGCCCCGCCCCCUCCUCAUCCUCAGGCUGUGGGGGUGGAGUCCACCAGCGCACGCCGCCAUCACAGCAGGACGCCGCAAGUGAGCCGCAGUCCAGCCAGUCCAGCCCCUUCAGCAGCCCGCCACAGGCGCCCAGCGUCCUGGCGAGCUCCGGCAGCUCGGAGGAGGACCUCCUCUCCAACUGGCAGCGGAUGUUCGUGGAGAAGAUGGCGCCGUCCUGCGACGGCUCUCUGGUCCACCGCACGUCGUUCAGCAGCCAGACGGCUCAGGAGCUGCAGAGGAGGAGGCAGCCAGGGGGGGGCGGGGCCUCCUCUGACCGCCACAGGGCGGAGUACUCGGACGGCGAGGAGGGAUCGUCGGCGAGGAGCUGGACGCCGAGCCGCGGCUCCAGCCUCGACACCGACACGGACACCGAGCCGCGGCCCGGCCGGCGGGGGCGCUACGGGGGGGAUGGCUCUGUGGAGGAGGGGGAGAGGCUGCUGAUGAACCUGGAGGACGACGGCGGCAGCGGGGACACGGCAAUCACCGUGGCGACCUGCCCUACCGAUGCCCACGGGAAGGAGCUGGAGGAGGAGGAGGAGGAGGAGGAGGAGGAGGAGAGCUCGGCCGAGGAGAGAGACGUCCUCCCCCACAACCUGCCCGUCAUCUCGCCCCGCCUACUGGACUUCGACCCCGCCCUCGCCGCUGCCACGCCCUCGCAGCGGCCCCAGAAGAGUCCGAAGAGGAUGGGCGUCCACCACCUGCACCGCAAAGACAGCCUGACCCGAGCCCAGGAGCAAGGCACGCUGCUGGACUGAUGCUCGCUCUCCACUGUCUGAGCACACCUCGCUCGCCCCACACUGUGCUCCCUCAGCUGCUGUCUGUCUCCAUGACAACAGACCUGUCCAUCACAGUGGUCAGAGGUCACGCCCAUCCAGGAUAUAGCCAUACUCUACCGUAUGCUGCCGAGCUCGCCGCCUGACGGUGUGUGUGUGUGUGUGUGUUCGUGUGUGUGUGUGUGUGUGUGUGUGUGUGUGUGUGUGUGUGUGUGUGUGUGUCAGUCAAAAUGACAACAUACUUUAGGCCACUAGUAUUUCCAACACCUGUCCACAUACUUUUGGCCACAAAUUAGUCAGACGUCUUCAUACCUCAUAACAAACACCACGAUAAUUCGCCAAAAGUAUUUGGACGAUUAAAGUAUGUAGGUCUUCGGUUGCCUGUCCACUUACUUUUGGCCACACACAGUAUUUUGAACAUCUGACCAAGAUAAAUUCUCAAUAAUCAGUAUUGGAAUCAGUAUUACAAACUGUGUGUGUGUGUGUGUGUGUGUGUGUGUGUGUGUGUGCCAGUGCGUCAUAGACACUUUUGGGGACAUAAGACCAGUUAAUUGGUUAAUUAAGCCGUGUUUGGGUCAGUGGUUAAAACUCCAGGAAAUGAAUGUAAGUCUAUGUAAUGUCCCCAAUAAUGACUUAAGACAACGUGUUUGUGUGUGUGUGUGUGUCAGACCCAUCAACUCUGAUAUUGAUCAGCUGAUGAUUGAUUUAAGUAUCAGUGAUUAAAACCCAGUAAAUCAGCUGAUCUGUUCAUGUUUGUUUAUAAUUAUGAAAAUAAAUAAUAAUCUAAAAACAUUUAUUUUUUUAAAUGAAAUCUUGAAAAUAUUUUUAAAGAUUCUAUAAAACUAAUGUUCCUGUUUAAUCAUAACAUGUGGCCUAAAGUUUGUGGACACCUCCUCUGCACAUACUUUUACACACGUGACAAAAUAUUUCACCACAACGAAAAAUUUAUAGAAAAUAUAAUGAAACAAUUAAAUUGAUAUAUUUAAUGUUUGAUUGACACAGCCAGGCAGUGUUCUGUAAUCGGGCGUCCGGAUACUUUUGGCCAUAUAAACUAUAUAAGUCAAGUGUCCAACGUAUUCAUCUACGUUGCUCUCAUGUCCAGUGCUAUUGGCCAUAUAAUGUAUUUUGAUUGGCUGUCGACAUACAACAUAAACCACGUGGCCCAAAGUUUGUGGACAGGUGAUUAAAGCAUCUAAGAUAGAGUUAAAUAAUCAGUGUUAGAACCUAUAUUAAAGCCCCACAUCGCUCUAUAUGUGUGUGUGUGUGCGUGUGUGUGUGUGUGUGUGUGUGUGUGUGUGUGUUCGUCAGAAUGAAAAAAAAAAAUCUAAACUUUAAAACAAAAACUAAAAACUUUACGGACGUCUUUGCCUUGUUUCCUGACCAGGAGCUUUUAUUUUGAAGAAAACAGAUGCACACCUGGAUAAACACACACACACACACACACACACACACACACACACACACACACACAC